UAUCAUAUAAUAUAUUUAAAGUUUCCAAUUGCCAUUUUUCUUUUGAUCGUCAAAAAAAAAAAAUUUAUGAUUCAACAGUUUUCUCUGGGUACAAUUCCCCCAAUCCGCAUCUAGGGUUUUAGAUUCCUGGUUUGGCUUUAAUCUCCACCCAAUCGUAAGAAUCUUCCAUGCGUUUGAUGAUCCUGUGAUCGGAAUUGAACGAUGAACGCAUCUAGAAAUUAGCUGAUUUUUUAUUUUAUUUAUUUACUGGAGAUGGAUUUAGAAAGUGAUUCGUCGGUGCUUGUAAACGAUAGUGAAGAAGUUCAGGUCAAUGGAUUUUGUGGGGUAGAAAACAAUGAUCACAGUAAUUUGCUCUCGGGUGUUAAUGGAGAAGAAGUAAUUAAAGAUUCAGAUUCUGUAAGUUCGCCUCCUACGGGGGUGAAAUCGGAGGUUUCUCCUUCGCCUACGAAAGUUAGGAAAGGUUAUGGAUUGAAGAAAUGGAGAAGGAUUAGGAGAGAUCUCAGUAAUGGUGGAGAAAGCAGUGAGGAUAUUAGCAAAGCGGAAACACGGGAAUUGCAGCACUCGGUUGUAAAUCCGAGUAAGCGUAUGCAAUUUUAUGCCGACAGGCCUCAAAAGAGUGAAGAUUCUGUUUCGUCCACGAAUGCUGUAAUAGGUGGUUUAGAUGUUUUUGCUCUGCUCGGUGAUUCCGGUUUGGCAAUCGGGCAAUCAGUAGAUGCUGGUACAGAUUCGGAGAACAGCGAGGACCGGAGUAGCAAGUCUUCCACCGCCGCCAGUUUGCCAAAGGUGAAACGGGAGGUGCCGGUGGUUGUGGGAUUUCCUCAAAUGAGGAGUUUGGGUGGGAAGAAUUUGACCCACUCGGUCAACCGUGGUGGUCAACAGGGGAAGGGGCGAAUCGAGGUCAUUAAGAAGGCUAAAGGAGAACGGGUCAAAAUCGAGAAGGAAAACUCUCUUUCCAGCAUGGAAUCUGAUUCGCGGAGCUCCAACUUUGUAUUUUCACAGGGAACUCACGCCACAAGUAAUGGAGUAAAAAGUGAAAGGGAAGUUCCGUACAAUGGAGAAAAUGGUGAUGGAGUUCACCUUAGUCGAGAUGGCGAAGGAGGAUAUGAGGAAAUCUCACCUGAAGAUGGAGUUGCUGACUUAUCUUGGGAGGUUAAAAAAGAUCGAAACGAAAACGACGGUUCCUCAUCAGAACAAGAUCCUCUAGUUGAAUCGAUCUUUUUACUGCAGACUGUACAGGAAGCACUAGAAAAAGAAGUGCUAAAGUUCAAGGAAAUCGAAAUAGAUGCUUCCAUCGACGAUUCAGAUCCAGACACCGACACAAGACAAUCUGAAUUGGGAGAAACAGAAAAAAGAGUUUACGAAGCAGAACUCGAGGAAUUAUUUAAGCAAAGAAUAGAAGCUGAAGUAGAGUAUUUGGCAAUAUCAAGAACGGUUCAAAACCUAAGGGCCGCUUCUGCAAAUCCGAACACUAUUUCGAAAGAGCAAAAGGCAGAGGAUUUAAUGAUUAAUAACGAGGCUGAGAAAUUGGAAAUGUUUUCCGACGACAUUGCAAGUGCCGACGAAACAAUGAAGCUACAGAAGAGGGUAUUUAAGUACACUAUAUUUUUUCUCGUGCAGAUAUUAUCGUUCUUGAUCAUCUUAAAAGUGUUGGUAUUCGAGUUAUCUCAAAAUUCCGUUGAAUUUGUUCCUACCUAGUUAUGACAAAGAGAAUUUUUUUCUUUCCUUUUUCUUAUUCUUCGAUGUUUUUGUUACGUUCUUCUUCUUUCAGAAACGAGACACAUUAUAGAUCGAAUCAUGCAUACCUUUGGUUUGUAUUAUCAGCUUAUUCUGCUACAUUAUUUAUUUGUAAUUUAUAAAUUAUAAACCUGAGCCUCCUUUUAAUGAAGGUGAAACUUGUUAAUUACAAUUUAUUUUUCUUAUAAA